AUCGAGUCGGAGAGCAAAUCCAGGAUGUGUUUGUUUGGUCAUUUUCCAAAGUUUCAGAAACCCAAAAUUCAAGUGUGAGGAAGAUGAGAAAAAACAAAAUCGACAGUUUCCAUAACAUUUUUUAAAAAAAGGAGAAAUUGGAAGAGGAAACCAAACAUCCCUAUAAAGUAAUAAUGGUUUCACCUUUAUUUAUUCACUUCCUUAUUGCUGGCUACCAGAGAGGAAACAGUACUCCAUUGCCUUCCUCCCUCUUUCUCUGCUCUGCUCUGCAUAAUAUAACCAACCAAACAACAAAUCUCCCUUCUCUCUCUCCCUUCUCCUCCACACUCUCGACGUGAAUUCCCACUCUCAGACUUCUCAAUCUUCACACACUGAGAGAGCUCUCUUCCCCCUUUUCAUGUCUGUGCCCUUGGAGCAUGAUUACAUAGGCGAUUCUUCAAUGGAGAAAACAGGGGAUGUUAGUAUUAUCACACCGCAACAAAAGAGCACCACCAAAUUCGCCUCUUCUCUCAGCAUGAACCUGAAAGCCACAGAGCUGAGGCUCGGGCUACCCGGGUCCGAGUCGCCGGAGCGAGACGACGGCAGCAGCGCUGAGCUCUGCAUCGGCUUGCCCAGCAGCAAGUCCUCUGUUUCCAGACCCAAGAGAGGGUUCUCCGUCGCCAUCCACGGCGGCUCCGGCAACUGGGUUUUCUCCCCCGGCGCCGGUGGACCGGAUAACAAUUUCUCCUCCCCCAGAAACAACCCCGCCGCCGCGAAUUCCGAGCAGGCUCCCAAAGACGGCGGGCUGCCUCCUCAGUCGUCGCCGGCGACGGAGAAGAAGAAGGCUCAGGCUGCCGGUUCCGGCGCCGGUCCAGCUUCUAAGGCACAAGUGGUGGGAUGGCCGCCAAUUCGUUCGUUUCGAAAGAACACCAUGGCUUCCCAUCCUACUCCGAAGAACAGCGACGUGGUGGAAGGAGGCGACCACAACCCUAACUCAGGGGGAUCGGCAUCGUCGACAUCAGCUUGUUUGUAUGUCAAAGUCAGCAUGGACGGGGCGCCAUAUCUCAGGAAAGUCGACCUCAAGACUUAUGGCGGCUACAAGGACCUCUCUCUUGCUCUCGAGAACAUGUUCAGCUGCUUCACUAUUGGUCAAUGCGGGUCUCAUGGCGUUGCUGGGAGAGAUGGAGUGAGUGAGAGUCGACUGGUGGAUAUUCUGCAUGGUUCUGAGUAUGUACUCACCUACGAAGAUAAAGAUGGUGACUGGAUGCUUGUUGGUGAUGUCCCUUGGAAGAUGUUCAUCGACUCUUGCAGAAGGCUGAGGAUCAUGAAGAGCUCGGAGGCCAUUGGUCUCGCACCAAGGGCGUUUGAGAAGUGCAAAAGCAGUAACUAGCAUGAUCAUAACUGCUGGAUCCAAACUGAAUGCAACCCAUAUGAAUACUCUGCUGCCUGCUUUGGAUCUGGGAAAAGCUUCUUCCUUUUUUUUUUUUUGGUUCAUGGAUCCAAAUAGAAUGAGGAUCCACCCCCACUUUUUGUCCUUACUUUGGCAUAUAUAUUAAUAUUGUUCUAUAGUGUUUGCAUUAGAUUAAAAAAACUGUUAAGUUUGCUUGGCUUCAGAUGUAUUGUUAUUAUUAUUUGUGCUGAUCUUCCUGGAUAUCAUCAUGAGUGUCCCCCCUUCCUUCCCUACCUGCAAUUAUUAUUUGUGUGUAAAAUUUGUUUCUUUGCUGCAGCUUCCUCUUUUCCUUUUGUUUUCUGGGUUGCCCUUUUUCUUUUCUUUUCCUUUCCCCUCCCCCAAUUUUCUGCCUUUUGUCCCUCUCUAGCUCACUGUGCCCUCUGAAAAGAAGCAAAGGAAGUGAGAGGGAGGGAGGAAAGAUGAUGGUGGUUGGGGGGACAAAUUCAAUUGCAAAGCCAAGCCCACCAAUGGGGUGUAGUCUAGUCUAAGUCUAGUGCAGUCUAAUACAGGAGAGAGUGUGUUGAUGGAUUGAUUUGAUAGGCGGCUGCUGCUAAAUAAUCUUUUCAUCAGGGGUAUCUGCAAUGUGCUGCAGAAUUCUUUCUUUUCUUCUUCUUCAGGAACCAAUGAAACUGAGGCAGCCCAGGGUGCUGCUGUUUGUCUCAAUCUGGAUGGAUGGUGAAUGAAAAGGGUUGUUAGCUGUGACUUGAGUGAAUGUGGAAGUGAAAUUUCAUUGUCUGGUGGAUUCAUGAAUGAUCUUGGUGUAAGAGGGGGAAGUUGAUGUGAUGUGAAUGAAUUGAGUCUUUUCUGGGGCUGUAAAUAAGUUAAAGAUUAGGUUUUUGGCUCAUUGUUCACAGGGGGAGAAGU